AUGUUCCUGAAUAAACACUGCGGCUGCUCUUGUAAAAAUAGCUCUAAUUGCAGCUUACCGCCUGUGCAGUGCUCCGCACCGCCGUUCAGUGAGGAAGCAUGCGCAAUUAUCCCAGAGAUGCGUCCUUCCCUGUACAUUCUACCUCCUUCCCCUCUCUCAUCUCCUCAGCUCAUUCUGACACUGAAGUCUGUUGAAAGCGCCUCAUGCUCUCAGCGAGUCUCUGCUACUCACCUCGCUCGGGCUUCGCUGGUGUGGUUUGCGUUCCACGCGCACUCCCAGCCCCUCCCCCUCAUGGCGCACGCUCAGGGAAAGCCCUCGCAUACGCACUCUGUGAGACUAAUGACUUGA